AUGCUGAGUGCCAUUCGCCUUCCGCCCGCUCCGCUCGUCAAAGCGGCAUCCCGUGGUGCUGCUGCGUGUAUCACGACUCCUGUGCCGCGCGCUGCUGCUGCUGCUGCACUGAGCACGGCUGCAGCUGGCGUUGUCGCUUCCAAAGCGCCGAAACGUGCUCAAGUUGCGCCACCCACUUUGCCCGUGCCGGCGUUUGACGCCUUCCUCUCCCCCUCUGGCGCCGUCCUCGUUCCCUCCUUUGGCGCCCUCCCGUUCCCCACCAUUGGCGGCGUCCGCUCCCGUAUCGAGAGGAGCUAUGAGUGCUCCAGCCUGCUCAUUUGGCCCCGCAGGUCCCGCUCCACCUCUGCUUCUGGUCCUCCGUCCGAGACCGAAGCCAAAGCCCCUUCUGCGACUGUCAACCCUUCAGCGGAGGAUGACCGUGCGUUGAUUGAUCGCCUGCCCGAGGCCCUCCGCAAGUCUUUCGAGGCGACAUGGGAGGCACCCGCCCUUCGCAAGCACCUGCUCGAAAAGCUGUCCUCCGACCCGGAUUUCGAAAAUGACCAGAUCACUGCUCUCGCAUUGGAGCUCAAGGAAUUCAAACGCAUUCCGGCGCAGGGAGUUUCCCUGGCACGCGAAGCAAGCCUUAAGGCCAUGGACGAAGUUCACAAGAGUGCAAGUGUGCAACGAAUCGUGACGACCUUCCUCAUCUGGGUCGAGCAGUGGUCCAAGAACCAAGGCCCCUCGUAUCCCACCGAUGUUCGCGAGCUGAAGCGUGCCCCGGACCAGCAACGAUACCCGGGAGAUUGGCCUGAGCAUGUCGACCCUGUCUAUCUACGCUACAAUACGACCAAAGAGAUUCUGACCGAAAUUCAAGAAUCAAUUUUCAGCCCCAACCGCUCCUAUCGCUCCACAUUCAAUUUUUUGCAAGUCGCCACCAUGAGCGGCAUGGGCAAAACAACUUACGGCGCGAACAUUAUCACGCACCUCCUCAAGGCUCUCGAGCAUCCAGCACCGGUUCUCGGUUUUUCAGAGGAGCGCAGGUCAUUGUUGACGAAUCUGCUCACCCAUCGUACGCAGACCGUCUUCAUUGAUUUCAACGGUCGAGGCGACGGUCUCGAACCUGAAGAUAACUUUCGCAAGCACAUCUGGCUUGCCAAACGUCUUGCUGCUCGCGGCCUGCUGGACUUGCCCAUCAGCAGAGCUAGUGAUUUGCUGAGUCGGAUGAGCAACCUCGACGUCAAAUCGGUCAUCCGCGAGCUCUGGCGACGCUUGCGCGAGCGCCAGCAGAUUCCCGACGAUGAACACGCCCUUCUGAUCAUCCAUAUCGACGAGUAUCAGCUCGCUCACAACUUCCUGAGACGACACAUGACAUUGGAAGAAGCUUCCGGCACGCUGGCCAAUGCUUUGAACGAGAUUCUCGCCUGCAACUUUGACUCGACGAAGAACACUGUCGUUGUGCUCCUGACAGCUACUUCAACCGCUGGUUUGACCGAGUAUCCGCUUACAGUUCAUCGGAUGAAACUGGUGUAUCUCGAGCCGCUCUCUUUUCCUUCUGCCCUGGGUCUGCUUGAGAAAAAGUGGAACACUGCGAAACCUCCGAUUCAGCUUCACGCGCAGUGGCGGAACACUCGAGAGUUUCGUCAGUUUGUUCACGAUGUUGGCGGUUCUCCAAAGCUUCUUUCAAGUCUUUCGGCUCAUACGCAGCUCGCAUAUGAGCCCAACAAUAAAACCAUUGCCAUGGUUUUGAAUCACUUCGCAAUGCGACUCGCGACCGUCUCGUUCCCUUUACCUGUUGUCGAGCGAGACGUCUUAGCGCUUGUUGAUCUCGUGCUGACUCAGCGGCCUGUUCUGACAUCGACACGAGUUGGUCAGUUCACAGUUGAACAGCUCGCCUACCACGGAAUCCUGACUCUCGCUCCAGCGGCCGAUGCUCCAACGCCCAAUGCUAUGGUCGUGGUUGGUUGCCCGAUUCCUUAUCUGAAAGACAUGAUCCACCAGCACGCGGACCUCACAUGUUGGUCUGCUAUGAAUUUGUUUCGGAUGCCUUUCGAGUCUGUUGAAGACGGGGAUAUUUUCGAAACCGCUGCGCACUUGUCGUUGACGGCACAUCUCCGCUUGCUCGGCACAGCCGAUCAGUCUUGCAAAGUCACCAGCCUUCUGUGCAUCAAAAACCUGACCGACCUUCGCGGUUUUGCUCAGGCUACCGUAUUGUCCCGCGCCUUCUCCCCGUCUGCCUCUUACGUGCCGAUCAUCGAGGGCACACAGAUUCUGUCCAAAAGCAACUCGACCUUCAACUUCUUCACUCGUCGGGUUCAAGGAAGAAGCCCCUGGUCCCGUAAGCAACUGGAUAUCGGCUGGAUGGCCUCCUGUGUUGACGCCCCAGCAAACGGCAUUCCGGUAGUUCAGACGGCGAAAAACACUUUCGGAGUCGACAUGUGGGUCCUUCUUCCCGCUGAGCACAACUUGUACGCAAAGACGAAACCCUUGUUGGUUCUCUUCCAACUCAAGCACCAUCAAGCCGUGAGUCAAAGCGAUACUUUCAGCAAUCUCCAGGGCACGAUCGAAACGACUCUAGAGAAGGUGACCGCAGGUGUUACAGACCCGCAGACCGGCGAGACCGUCUGCGACGUGCUAAUGGUCGUGAUGGUGACUGGAACCGCCAGUCAAAGCCCGAAAGCAGCCACUCGGCUUGCGGCAGAUCGAAAAUGGGCCAAAGCACUGGCAACAUUGAAGAAAAAACCCGACCCUCGUGUGAUUGUUCUCAUGGGCGAGGAUGUGCGCCGAGUUGUGCCUUUCAUGUGGUCGCGCUUUCCGGACACUGGUGACUGGGUCGUGCCGAGCAAAACCGAUGCGUCCCGCCAGGCUGACGAUUUGUCCAUCUAG